AUGAGUAAAAAUACAAAUGAAGAGUUCAAAGAAGAACUAAGGCAAUUUAUUAUAAAUAACUAUGUUCACACAAUAUUAGAAUAAUUUAAAGGUCCUAAGCAUCAAUCUAUAUAUUAAAUUACUUUAACAAUGGAUUUAUCAUUAAUAAUUGAUACGCGACCUUUGUUAGGAUCAUGGAUCAUCAACUUCUAUCCUCAUUUUCUAAUUUCAAUACAUUAGAUAAUAUAUACAAUAGUUAAGUAGAUGAAUAUUGGAUAUGAUGAUUUCAUAUGUGAGACUAAAUUUAUAUCAGUUCCUACUUUUGAGACAGCAAUUCAUGAUCCUCAAUAUAAACUAUUAUUAAUGUAAAAAAAUUGCGGAUCAUUGGUACACUUAAAGAACUGUAUUAUUGUAGGAAUAGAUCAACCAAAAAAUUACUUAUUUUUACAAGAAUUUCAGUGUAAAUGUAGUGAUAAAAUUUCAAUUAAAGGGGCUCAUCUAAUUUAAAGAUUAUAAAAUUAUAUGAAUAAAAAAAAUAUUUGUGAAGAGUGCAAUGGGGUGAGACAUGAAAUUGAGAAGAAAUAUAAGUUAUGUCAAAAGCUUGAAUUAUAUGUUUCAGAUUUAUAGCCUUUAAAUAGAAAAUAUAAUAAUUUAAGAUAAAAUCGUAAUAACAAAUAUAAACAUUCUUUUUAAUUACUGGAUAUAUAUGUUGAAGGCAAUAACGUUAAUAAGUUUAAACUUGGAAAUUAAAUAUAUUCUUUAGCAUACUAUACUUUUAAUUUAUUUGAUCAGUAUAAAUAGAAUAAUACUUUUAUUUUGGCAAAUGAAUAUUGUUAUGCUGUAACUAUUGAUUAAUAUACUGCAAUUCAAAAUAAAAAGUAUUUUUAGAAAUUAAAACUUAAUUAUAAGUUUAAAUAAUCAUAGCAGAUUGAUCCAGAUGAAAAUUAUAAUGAAGACAUAAAAUUAUUUUUAGAUAAAAGUAAAAGACAUUAUAAUUAUGAUAAAGAAAACAAGAAUUACAUCUAUGAAAUACUCAAUACAAUAUAUUAUAUCAUUCUAUCUUUUGAUUACUAAUAAUUAAAAUAACAUAAUUUAUCAAGUUCAUUAAUAAUGUUAAAAUUAUCAUUACUUUGUAGUAUAUUUUUAGAGAACAGUUCAAGUUUAUAGUAUUAUCUAUCUCCAAAUUUAUGUUAGAAAUCUAAUUUAUUAAUUCAGAGAUUAGAAUAAGAAUAAAUUCAACGCCAUUUACAUAUUGCUAUAAUUUAUGAAGAUUAUGAAAUAGUAUUUGAUUUAAUAUAAAGCAUGAUUUAAAACUUAGAUAAUUGUUUGGUUUUACCAGAUUGUGAUGAAGAAACUUUUGAUUACCUUAUAAUGAGUGUUGCUAAGAAUGGAAUUUUAAUAUUAAGAAGAAUGCCAACAAAGGGAGUUUAAGAGAAGAUUAAAUAAAUACUUAAGGGAAGUCCUAUCAUUAUAAUGAAAGAUAAAAAGAUUGAAAUUAAUUGUUCAAUUUGGUGUUUAUUUGAUAUUUAAGAUUUAAAAGUCAAAAAAUCUGAUUUCACUUAUUUAAAUGAAAAAUUUCCUCAUGCAACUGAUUCUUUUGAUAUUGUAUUAGACUUAGCUUAUUCUAAUUUAAAUUAUAAAUAAGUUAGAUUUAAUUUGAUAGCAGAUUAUUGUGAAUAUUUAUUUAAAAGUUCUUAAACUGAUAAUUCAAAUCCGUUUCAAACAACAAUAAAAAAAUAACCAACAGCAGAUAGAUCUAUUCAUGCUCCUUCUUCUUGUUAUUUAUUACAAAAGAAGACUGUAGAUAAAGUAUAUAAUUCAGAUCUUGAAACUUGGAUUAAUAAAUUAUUAACUAUAGAUACAGGAUCUUUAGAAUUGUUAAAAAAAUUCUAUCUUAAAUUAAGAUAAAAUUAUUAUUGUACAUAACACACUUUAGAUAGUUUGUUAAAAAUAAGUUCAUCAAUUUCAAUGAUGAGGUAUUUUGCAUAUAGUUAAAUUGAUGAUAAUGAUGGUUUAUAUUAAUAUAUCAUAACAUAAAUGAGUACUUUGCCUUUAACAUAUUCAGAUGCUUUUCUAGCUAUUUUAUUUGUAAUAGAAACUCGAAUAAAUUCUUUAGGUCCAGUGGGUGCUUUAUUUGGUAGCGAUACUACAAAGUAUUAUUCUUAAAUAAUUUAGCUAUUUAUUGAAUUGUUUGAAUCCUGAAUUUACUUUUGCAAGAAUGAAUCUUUAAUAAGAAGAAAAUGAAUAACAAGAUAAUUUGUUUGCAAACUUUGUUUACAUUUAUGAAAAACUGAUAAACUUCAUUUAUUGA